ACAAUAAAGAUGGCAGACGAAAGAGAACCACCCCCGAUGGAGGAAUCAAACGAAAACAACGAAGAUGACAUUUUUUCUGAAGCUAUAGAGAAGAAAACUACUGAUGAAUCAAAAACUGAGGAACAACCAGUUAUAGAUUCAAAACAAGAAGAACCAACAAGAGUACCAAUUAAAGCAGAUAUAAAUACUGAUGAUUUGUUUAGUGGUGAUGGUGAUGAGGUCAAACUUGAUUCUGAAGAGGAAGAGGAGGAGGAGGAAGAGGAAGUACCUGAACCAGAACCUUCAAAGACUGAUGAUUCCAACCCUUUUAAUUCUGUAGAACCUCCAAAGCCUGUUGAGGAACCAACACCUACUCCUCAAAUAUCUGUGUCCUCGCAUAGCUCCUCAUCAGCAGUUAAAGUAACAGCUUCUAAACCUUCCAAGGAAGAGGAGGAGGAAGAAGAUGAAUUCACAAUAGAUAUAAAAAUAUCAGAUCCACAGAAGAUGGGAGAUGGUAUGGGUGCUUAUAUGGUGUACAGAGUUAGAACUAAGACAACAGUACCUGCCUUUCGUAAAGCUGAGUUGAGUGUAUUACGUAGAUUUAGUGACUUUUUAGGACUGCAUUCUAAAUUAGCAGAUAAACAUGUUUCGAAAGGUGUUAUAGUACCUCCUGCUCCAGAAAAAAGUGUUAUAGGUAUGACCAAAAUAAAGGUGUCUAAAGAUGAUUCAGGAUCAUCUGAUUUUAUAGAAAAGAGAAGAGCUGCUCUUGAAAGAUUCCUAACCAGGACAGCAUCCCAUCCUUUAUUGAGGAUGGAUCCUGAUUUCCGUGAUUUCUUAGAACGUGAAGGAGAUUUACCCAAGUCUACUAAUACAUCAGCUUUAAGUGGUGCAGGUGUGAUGAGAUUGUUCCAUAAAGUAGGAGAUGCAGUGGACAAAAUAUCAUUUAAAAUGGAUGAGUCAGAUGAGUGGUUUGAUGAGAGACAUCAACAAAUAGAAAACUUAGAUGUACAGUUAAGAAAAUUACAUUCCAGUAUGGAGACUUUAGUGCAUCAUCGGAAAGAGUUAAGCCUAACCACAAUGCACUUUUCCAAGAGUGCAGCAAUGCUAGGGAAUGCUGAGGAGCAUACUGCAUUAUCACGAGCCUUAUCACAAUUAGCCGAGACAGAGGAAAGGAUAGAAAUAAUACAACAUGACCAAGCUGAUCACGAUUUCUACCUGAUGGCUGAGUUGCUGAAAGAUUAUAUUUCUUUGUUAGGUUCAGUAAAAGAAGUUUUUCAUGAACGAUUUAAAACUUACAAAGUGUGGAAGGAAGCAGAAGCAACCUUAACCAAGAAAAGAGAAAAUAAAGCCAAGUUAGAGUUGGCCGGUAAAAAUGAUAAAGUACCGCAGGCACAGAAUGAAAUUACAGAGUGGUCAGAAAAGGUUGAGAAAGGAAAGGAAGAUUUUGAAAAGAUUUCACAGACUAUAAGGAAAGAAAUGGGAAGAUUUGAUAGGCACAGAGUGGAAGACUUUAAAACAACUGUAGUCAGAUAUCUAGAGCAGCUUAUGGAAAAUCAACAAAAGUUAAUCAAAUGUUGGGAAGCCUUUUUACCAGAAGCAAAAGCCAUAGCAUGAUAGUUACCAAGAUGAUGGGAAGUGCAAAGGUCACUCAUGCAGGUCGUGAACUAUUGUGAACAAAAAACAAUGAUAAACUUUUUUUAUAAUUUAGUUUUUCAAUUAGUUCAUAGAAGAAACCGUCUCAUUUAUUAUGGGCAUGAGCUGUAAAUUGUGGGUACAUUUUGGAAAGAUGAAAAAGCUUAUAUUUCCUGAAUAAGAAAUAUUGUAAUACUUAUAUAUGUUACUCCUAAUAAACUAGUUGAAAAAAUAUGAUCAGAUCAUGAGAUUUUGCAUUAAUUUAGUUCUCCUAAAACACUAUGUUAAUAGUAUUUAUAUAUUGUUGUUCACAUUUUAUGAGUUUAACCACAGAGGGUAUAAUAAUGGACCAAAACGCAAGGAUUUGUUAGUUUGUACUGUAACAGUAACCCAUCUGAUGUCACUAGAUAAUUAUAUCUAUAUUUGCAUAUUUCCUUUUACGAGAAAUUUUGUCAUAUUUAAGUCCAGAAGAGGAAAGCAUAAGAGAGUCCGACUCUUUUAACUAUAUAUUUUAUUACUUCUGAGACUAUUUCAUGCAGUAUCUCCCUUAUUUAUGAUAUUUCUUAGAGAAUUUGUGAUAUAAAAUUUGUGAUCAUCCAUUAGAUUUACCUUACAUAAUACCAUUGUAUGAUACAGAAUGGGUGACCUUAAACAAUAUAGAUAACUGUAAAUUCAGAAAUUAUUACGUACAUUUAUAAUUGCAAUUUUUGAAGAAUGAACAAUAAUGUGUGAUUAAUUAUUGCAAUUGCCAGAAAAGCUGCAUACAGAUUUAUUUAUCAGAUAUCAGAAUACAAGUUCUUAUUAUUGUGAUACUCAUCCAGUCUCAUUAUUCGCAUUAAUAAAAACCUCGCAAUAAUUUCUGAAUUCAGAGUACUUUACUGAUAGUAAUAUUUUGUCAGCAUUAACCAGCACAUUUUUCCGAUGAAAUCUUUCAAAGUAGUAAAUUUUAAAAAUUUUGCACAAAACACUGUGAUUAGAAUUUCACUAUGUUCUUAUAGGCUGCAUUGAAUUUAUAGCUUUAGAUAUAGAGUUAAUUAAAAGCCAAAAUAUCACCAUAUUAUCAUAAUUGCACAUUAAAGUGUGCCAAAUGAAUAAUGAGAAUCAGGUGUGAAUCAAGUUAGAUGAGUAUAAGGUGUAAAACACUUCUUUUUUUCCAAGAAAAAAGUAAUAAUAACAACCUAUCUUGAAAAUUCACCAGUAUGAUCAAGAAAUUAUAUCCAAAACCAUUUCUGUGAAAUAGCAACUCAUUUUAAGAAUUUUUAGGCAUGCAAAUGGGACAAGAGAUAUACUAAAGAUAUUCUACAAUUUUAGUUUAGUUGUUUUUGUAAAAUUAAGCAUUCCUUUACAUUUUUUUUUUUUUAGAAGAUUUUGUAUCUUGUUGGGACUAGGUUAAACAUGUUUAAAAUUUGCAUAUUUUAUGGAUUUGAAUGUAAUAGACCAUUUUAAGUCUGACUGUAAGAGAUUGUGAUGUUAAGAAUUAUUUGUACAUUAUUUAUAGAGAUUUUGUUUAUGUUUACUGUUCCUAUAGUGCUAUUGACUUUGUUCUGAAUAAUAUUGGUGUAAUUCUAUUGUCAAGGAACUGCAGUGAGGGGCGAAAGAACCUUUUUCAGGACAUCAGGAUUAGGCCUUUAUUUUUGCGGGAAUUCGGGAUUGGGCCUUUAUUUUAGCUGGGAAUUCAGGAUUAAACCCUUAUUGGGACUCUAGAAUUAAUGAUCCAGAAAAGAAUGCUUUAUUUUUUGGGGAAUUGGGGAUGACACCCCCUCCUACUGCCCCUCUGCAGUGCAUGAAAAGUUUUUACUGUAUGUCAAAAUAACAUGUGAUUCCUUGUGAUGUAUAAGUAAAUGUGUGAUAACAUAAUUAGGUAUAUCUUGUAUCAAGUUUCUAAAGGUAUUGAUCAAGAAAACUGAACAGGGGUUUCAUGAAGGACCUUUAUUUUCUGUUUGUUGGAUGCUUGCUUUUAACUUCCUUUUCUUCUAUAUGGAAGCUAAUUUUAACUGCUUCAUCUCUUCUUACUUCAAUAUUCAUUUCAAACCAAAUUAGCAUCACAUAUUCAAAUUAAUAGCCCCCCACCAAAGAAGAAAACAACAAAAAUGAAACAAAACAAAAAAGAUGUCAGAAACAAUUUAAUGCAUAACAUGCCUUUUGUUAAUUUACUUCAUAACAUUAUUAUGAAUUGAUUAUAAAUGGAUUUAUUUUAUAUUUCAUACUUGGGGUAAGAAAACAAAAACAUAUUAGACUAAUCAAUCAUUUUAAGGAUUUUUGCUAAAAUGAGUCCUACCAUAUAUAGCUAUUCUUUAUAAUACUCUACUGAAUUAAUGGGCAUCUAACAAAAACUAGCUGUUUUAGAUCAGGGCAAGAAAGUAUAAAACCAGUUUAGUAAUAGUGGCUUUACUUUCUUUUCUCUUUUGAAUUAAAAGCACUAACAUUUAGAUCUCAAAUCUUAUAAUAAAAAAUAUUCCCAUUUUAAACAAUAUAAUUUCAUAACUUGCAGAAUUUGUUUUGUGUAGCUAACACUUGUAUGUAGAUUAAGAUUAAAUGUGUUUUAUAAUUAUGUAGCUAUAGAAAAUAUGUAAAUAAAAGAGAAAUCAAACAUACAUUCAUUAAGUGAGCAUGUCUAGUUUGUUUUGUUUUAAACAACCUAACUAUCAUAUAGAAAAGUUUGAAUGUUGGUUAAGUCGUGUCAUUUAAUCAUAUACUUGUUAAAGAAAGAACAAAAUAAACAAAAAGUUUGUGUCUGAUCUGGAAAGUACUCACACAAUACAACUCAUCACUGUCAAGCUGCUGACUGAUUAUAAAGUCAUUCUUUGAAGUAGUACCUGAGAAAAGUGUGACUGAAAUAUUUGUUGGACGAACUGACGGACAAGGUGUAUGCAAUAUAGUCUAAUAUAGUUUUUUAAGUAGAAAAUCAUGCACCUUUUUGCGUGGACAUUUUGUCAUAUUUAAUAAAGCUUGUAAAGUGUGCACGUUAUAUAAUGAGCACUGCUAUUGAGUGUAUAAAUGGAGGUUGUAUGUACAUAACUCACACUUGAGAUUGGAAAAAAAAAACGGUCACUGACUAUCAAUUUUUUUAUCAUCUCUUCUACUCAGUUUUAAAUAUCAACAGAAAAAAACCUUGGACAUUUAAUGUAUUUUAUUCUUUGAUCUAGGUAUGAAAGUUAUUCCCCCCUCCUUUUACACAAAAAAAUGACGGAUUUUAUUAGUAUUGUUCUGCAAUAUCUUCCAAGACAAAAUACCAUUAAUAUCAAAAUAAAAAGAUAAGUCAGAAAUAAAUUUUGCAAAUUAUACCACUUCUGCUUAAAGUGUAUAAGAAAUUUGAAACAAACAGUUAUCAUAUUUAUUGCGAACCAAAUGAAAGUUUUCCACAGAGUCGUCUGCUCUUGACCAGGGUAUUUAAACUUUUGUCUAUUCUCUUGUCCUAUUGAAUAAAUACAAUAGAUAUUGUUCUCUGUGUAGUUUUUUGACUGGGACCUUUAAAUUUCUUCUAGGAGAAAUCUAUCACUCAUUGAUUAAUUUACCUGACCAAAAAAUUAUCUUCUUUUUUCGGGGAAAUAGUUGUAUAAACUCGCAUAAACUGCAUGCAAUAUUGUAUUUAAUCAAUAUCAAUAAUAUAUUUUCAAUCUGUUCAAUAUAAACAAUGAUUUAAUUAUAAAAAGUUUAUUUCUGACAAAAUUUUUAGUAUUGUUCCAUUGUAUUUGCAUGUUUUUGAUUUUGUUCAGUUAUAGAAUAGAUUUAUCAAGACCUUAAUUUAAAUACAAUAAUUUUCAAGUUUUUAUUUGUCAAACACACAAAAAAAAGCAAAUUUUGAUAGGGAAAAUAUUAAAAAUUUGUUCAGAAAUCAACUUUUAAUUUUUUGAAUCAAAAAUGAAUUAUUGAUAUUGAAUAAAUACAACACCACAUGCAGUUUUUUGAGUCCUUAUUUAGUAUUUGUACAUGUAUUUUCAUUAUUGACAGUUCAAUUUUUUGUUCAGGUAAAUUAAUCAGUGAGUGAUAGAUUUCUCUUGGAAGAAAUUUAAAGGUCCCGUCAAAUAAACUACACAGAGAACAAUAACUAUUGUAUUUAUUAGAUGGGACAAAACAACUUACUAAAGUUUAAAUCGACAGGUGAAUCUGUGAAAAAAUAUCAUUGGGUUCGCAAUAAGCAGAAAAUAACUUAUAAAAGUGUUAUAUACAAACAGAAUUGUCACUUUUAGAUAUAUAAAUUUAGAAAUGUUAUAUGAGCUGCUGGUGGAAAAUUAUACUAGAUAGAUUUAAAAUUAUCACUAGAUUGUGUUAAUAUGCCCAUUUUAUUUAAGAAAUGUGAAGUGUUCAUUUAUAUGUGUAUUCAACAAUUUACAAUUAUAAGAACUUUGCAAAUAAAUUGAUUAUUUUAUUUA